AUGACAGUGGACAGUGGGCAGUCUGUUGUCCUCAGAAGUAAAGCACCUAGCUCCAGCCCCAGCUCCAGCCCCAGCUCCUGCCCCAGCUCCUGCCCCAGCUCCAGCCCCAGCUCCAGCCCCAGCUCCUGCCCCAGCUCCUGCCCCAGCUCCUGGCCCCAGCUUCCAGCCCAGCUUCACUUGCCCCAGCCCUGCCCCACUCCAGCCCCAGCUCCUGCCCCAGCUCCUCCCAGCUUCCAGCCCCAGGCUCCAGCCCAAGCCAGCCCUGGCUCCCCAGCUCCUCUGCCCCCACGCUCCAGCCCCCAGCUCCCAGGCCCAGCUCCAGUCCCCAGCUCCAGCCUGUCCAGCUGCAACGCGACUGGGGCCCGAGAUUCGAUGAGACCCGAGGAAAGGUCCUGUCAGAGCAAAGGGAAGACGGAGGUGGAGUGUCAGAACUACAUCCGCGUCCUGCUGGUCAAUAAGACUGAGGUCAUCACCUGUGGAACCAACGCCUUCCAGCCCCUCUGUAUCACCCGGGAGGUUGGGAAUAUGAGUAGUGUGUUGGAUCGCGUGAACGGCGUGGCAAGGUGCCCCUACGACCCUCGCCAUAACUCCACGGCGGUGGUGACGGAGAGCGGCGAGCUAUACGCCGCCACGGUCAUCGACUUCUCUGGUCGCGACCCUGUCAUCUACCGGAGCCUCGGGGGCAUGCCACCCCUCAGGACGGCCCAGUACAACUCCAAGUGGCUCAAUGAGCCCCAUUUCAUCUCAGCCUAUGAUGUGGGUCUCUUCACAUUCUUCUUCCUGCGUGAGAACGCUGUGGAACACGACUGUGGGAAGACCGUCUACUCCCGGGUGGCCCGCGUCUGUAAGAACGACAUCGGAGGGCGGUUCCUACUGGAAGACACCUGGACCACCUUCAUGAAGGCCAGGCUGAACUGCUCGCGCUCCGGAGAGAUCCCCUUCUACUAUAACGAGCUGCAGAGCACCUUCUAUCUGCCUGAACAAGACCUCAUCUACGGGAUAUUCACCACCAAUGUGAACAGUAUAGCAGCAUCUGCAGUGUGUGCGUUUAACUCAGCUCCCAUCACCCAGGCCUUCACGGUCCUUCCGUUCCCUAGGAGACCCUACCGCUCUACCUGGCUCCCAACCCCAAACUCCAUCCCCAACUUCCAGUGUGGUACCAUAGAUGAUGACGGCGGUCCUAACGAUGGUCUGACGGAGCGCAGCCUCCAGGACGCCCAGCGGCUGUACCUGAUGAACGACGUGGUGCAGCCCGUCUCUGUGGACCCCUUGGUCAUGCAGGAUGACGUGCGCUUCUCCAGACUGGUGGUGGACAUUGUACAGGGUCACGACACACUCUACCAUGUCAUGUACAUCGGCACAGAGUACGGCACCAUCCUGAAGGCUCUUGCGACCACCAAUAAGAGCCUUCAAGGGUGUUACCUGGAGGAAAUCCAGCUCUUCCCCGCUGGGGUGCAGGAGCCAAUCUUGAGCCUGCAGAUCCUUCAAAGUGAUAGGUCACUGUUCGUAGGACUCAACAACAGAGUUCUGAAGAUCCCUCUGGAGAGAUGCUCCAACUACAAGACUGAGAUGCUAUGCCUGGAGGCCAGGGACCCAUACUGUGGCUGGGACAGGAAACAGAAGCGAUGCACCACCCUGGAGGAUAGCUCUAACAUGAGCCAGUGGAGUCAGAACAUCACUGUGUGUCCGCUGAGGAACCAGAUCACCAUCGGUGGCUUUGGACCCUGGGCAGCGUGGCAACAAUGCAGCAACGACGACGGCGAAGGCACCAGCACCUGUCUGUGUCGCUCCAGGGAGUGUGACAACCCUCCAGCUCGCUGUGGCGGGAGGAACUGUGAGGGGCCCACCAUCGAAGUCUCCAACUGUUCCAGAAACGGAGGCUGGACCCCCUGGUCGUCAUGGGGACAGUGCAGCACCACCUGUGGAACGGGGUUUGAGAUGCGCCAGCGCACCUGCAACAACCCGUCGCCCCGUCACGGUGGUCGGGUGUGUGUGGGCCCCGUCAGGGACGAAAGGUUCUGUAACGAGGGUGUGUCAUGUCCCCAGCCUAUCUUCUGGUCCCCGUGGGGUUCCUGGACUAAGUGCAGUGCUGGGUGUGGAGGUGGGGUCCACUCCAGGGUCAGGAGCUGUGAGAAUGGGAACAGCUGCCCAGGCUGCGCACUGGAGUACAAGGCGUGUAACCUGGAGGCGUGUCCAGAGGUAAAGAGGAACACCCCCUGGACCCCGUGGAUGCCCAUCAACGUGACCCAGGGCGGGGCACGCCAGGAGCAGAGGAUGCGCUACAUGUGCCGCGCCCAGCUGGCAGACCCCCACGAGCUGCAGAUCGGACGACGCAAGGUAGAGACCCGCUUCUGCCCCAAUGACGGCACGGUUGCCUGCGAGACCGACACUCUAGUGGAGGACCUCCUGAGGACCCCUGUGGUACGAGUGGCAGGCUCCGACUGGUCAUCAUGGGAGACGUGGUCCGCCUGCUCCCAGGACUGUGCCAAAGGGUACCGCACCCGCAAGCGCACCUGUACCACCCCAGAGGGCAAGGCUGCCCCGCCAGCCUGCAGGGGCUCACCCGUGGAGUACCAGGACUGCAACACCCAGCCCUGCCCAGGUAAGACACCGACUACUCCAGUGGCUGUAGUGGAUCCCCAGUGGAGUACCAGGACUGCAACACCCAGCCCUGCCCAGGUAAGACACCGACUACUCCAGUGGCUUGGCUGUAGUGGAUCCCCAGUGGAGUACCAGGACUGCAACUCUCAGGCCUGUCACGUGAGUGGAGCCUGGUCGUGUUGGUCGUCCUGGUCUCAGUGUUCAGUGCCCUGUGGUGGAGGGCACUACCAGCGUACCCGCUCCUGUAACAACCCCAGCCCUGGCAACGGAGGAGAUAUCUGUAUUGGCCUACACACUGAGGAAGCGCUGUGCAACACACACACCUGUGACGGCGGCUGGAUGGCCUGGUCCUGUGGUCAGUGUGUGACAAUGCAGGGCUGCAGGUACGCAGCAGGGUCUGUGGAGCCUCAAGGCUCCGCCCCCUGUGUGGGAAACAGCACCGAGCACAGGGACUGCAAUGAGAUCCCAGUGAUUCUCCCUGCGUCUGGCUUUGAUAAGGACCAACAAUGCGGAGCAUUCACCUCGCUGCACCUGAUAGCCACAGGCGUGUCCUGUUUCCUGGGGGCGGGCCUUCUGUCCUUUCUGGCCUACGUGUACAGCCAGCGCUUCCACAAGCCCUUGCAGGAGUCCGCCGUCAUACACCCCACCACGCCCAACCACCUCAACUACAAGGGCAACACUACACCAAAGAACGAGAAGUACACGCCCAUGGAGUUCAAGACCCUGAACAAGAAUAACCUGCUCCCAGAUGAGAGGUCUAACUUCUACCCAACGCCCCUGCAGCAGACUAACAUGUACACCACCACCUACUACCCCACAGCGCUGGGCAAAUAUGACUACAACAGGCCUGACUCCUCCCCUUCCCCCUGCAGGACCUAUAACAACAGCUGAGACACCACCCCCACCCCCAUGGCCCCCGGCCCCGCCCACCCAGACUGAACUGAACUCCACCCCCAUCGCCAUGGUGACAAAUGCCAUGGUGACUGAACACAACCUAAGACCUGGAUCUCAUUUUUGCUCUCCUUUCCUUUAUCCCAUGGUAUCGCCCAAAUGGUGGGGGGUGUGUGUAUAAGGGUAUACCUGGAACGUACUAUCAGCACUCUGUAGGGGUGGAUACAGUAUGGAUGCUGAUGCCUCCCCUAGACUCACUAAGUAGAGCCAGGAACCUGAUCAUGAUACUGGACAUCACAGUGUCAACAUAGUGCUUUGAUGGAGACCUGAAGGAGGAUCUCCAUAAGACACUAUAAGCUACAGUUUGGAGUUGGACAACGACUUAUCCCUGUGGAACUUGACAACCUGAGCGCCUUACUGUAGGUGUUGCUAUUCAGAGAGGCUCGAGAUACUCAAAAUGGUCGCAUCUUCUCCUCUCUGGUCUGUCUGAUCACCUCUAUGAAUGAGUCUCUAUGACACCAACAUCCCCUCUGUCUGCAGCUUUUAUCCCCAUUAUAAACUCAGAAUUCUCCCAACAACAAAUGCAGUUACCGAGAACAACCCCACCGGCGCAUAUCCUGGUGUCUGUCCUUGCUUCAGUGCUGGGGAACCAAAAAAAAAACUCAAUUAAUUCAAGAGAUCAGGAGGUCAAUAUCAGUUCUAUUGUGUUUGGAGGUGGAUGGAUGAAUGCACUCAGCUCACCUCAUCACAUGACAUGAGGAGGACAAGAACCUGGGACUUCAGCUCUGCCAUGUUUUUGGGUGGUACUAGAGGACCAGGGGAACAGAGGCACAUCCAUGGAUGGCAGCGUGUGAUCGGUUAUGGAAAAACACUCCCUAUAUUCCUAUAUUGGUCCACACAGAUACAGACAUACUCAUUGCUGGAUAGACUCUAGUUUUAAUCUGCUUAUGUCCAAACAAGGCCCCACACUUCAGGCUGCCUAGCUGUGUUAUGUAAUGUAUAGGUAGGCUUCCCAGGGAACGAUCUGAACAUGGGAUAGAGAGCUGAGGUGUCUGACUGAGAGAGUUGGAAUCAGUUGAUGGGAUACAGUUGAUACAGCUUUGGUUGCCUCGGAUGCCUGUCUGUAUGCAACAGAGGGGAUCAUGUGGGGUCAGAUUCUAUAAAGACUUCUAGAAGGGAAUUCCCUUGUUUCUAGAAGGGAAUGGAUGCAUUCUACUGAGUACUGUACCUACCUACUACCGCUCAGUGUGCAAAACUGGACUGCAACCGCAUUUUGAUAUGAUAUCAUACAAGCUAGGAUAAUAAGCUAGUAGUGUGGCACCUUUUUUUAAGUUGUUUUUUUUAUGAGGGAGGUUAUUUGUUUAAUGCUAGAGAGAGAGAACAGUAGUAUAGGAGGAAAAGUUUUAUUUUACAAAUAAUAGCUGAUUCACUUUUUAGUUUCUCAUCAGUUUCACAUCAGAAAAUACAUUAUUUUUAAAUUUUUCAAAGCAGCUUAGUAGCCAAUAUGUAUCUGACAUAUUUUACAAAUAAGAACAAAAAAAUAAAACACAGAUUUAUGUAGAAGCAAAUAUAAGUGACUGUAGCAAAUAUUAAUGGAUCCCUCUCUUAACAUUGCUAAAUCAUGCUUAGAAAUACUUUGGUAUGAGAUUAAUGUUUUGCUUGUGUGUGUAUGUUUGCUUGCUUCGUUUGUGUAUGCCUGUGAGCUUGAAUGAGGAGAGGAACAGACAACUCUGUAUGUAUUUUGUACAAUGUAAAUGUAAUGCUUUAUUACAUAUGACUGUAUAUGACGGGAUCUGUAAAGGACUAUGUGCAUUUUUUCACACAUUAUGAUGAUGGCACUGCUGAUGUUCCGCUGGGUUUCUGUGUGUUCCACGUAUAAGAUGUUAAUCAUUGUAAGUUAAGGAGAGCUGCGCGGUUCUCAUGGGGAAGCUUGGAUCAUAAAGGAAUUUGAGAAACACAACUGAGCUAUAUUUUCUUAUUAUGCCUGAUGUUAUGCUAAUUCAGCAGCGAUGCUUCUAGUUCCUCUCAUAGAAAUAGAAGGAUUUUAUUCUAUCAUUUUAAUUCUAUAGUUCCGCUAUAUGCACGAGAGCUCUAUCUGUACAUAAGAGACAGCCUUCGAUCUGCAGACCAUUAAUGACAUCUAAAGGGUAGUAUAAUGUAAAUGUAUAUUAUUGUAUAGCUAACACUGUUUUUUGUUUUGUUUGUUUUGUUUGAAGCCUUAUAGUUGUAAAAAAGUGCAGCAGCUAUGUACACACCAACCAUGGGGUUUGUAAGGGGAUAGAGCUUGUCAAUGUGACUGGUUGACUAUGGCCUAGACAUAUUUUCCAGGGAUGUAUUCAUUCCACCGAUUCUGUUGCAAAAUGUUUCGCAAACGGAAUGAAACGAAGAGGGACAUACAUGAAUUUGUCCAAUAAAAACUCUUGUUCUGCUCUUUUUGCUUCCGUUUGGGUCUUAAACGGUUUCCGUAAUGAAUACACAACAGCUGUUUUGUUACUUUGUGCAGAUGUACAGUUUGGCUACAUCUUGUGUAGUAUCUUAGAGUAACAAAGAUAGCCUGUAUUUUUAGAGGCACUCCUGCCAGUUUAAUACAGAAUCAAUGUCACCACCACAAUAAAAAAUGUAUAAUUAAAAGCCCUACCUUAAUAAAACAUGUAAAACAAGAACGUGAUACAGCAAAUGUACAACAAAGAGUCAUGUACAGUAUUAUCAUAGUCCAUUAGCUAGCUCAAAUUAGAUGUAAUUCUGCUGUUUAGAGCACUUAAAGUAACACCUCCAUCCUGUGGUUUUCCUUUUCCCCACAUGCCUCACCCACGUUUCUUGGGUUUGUAAUUGGCUCCCCCUAAAUGGUGACUCCCUCUAGUUUGCUUCCCCUGGCCCUGUAGUCACUUUUGAUUGGACAAACUGGAUGUCACAUUGUGGAGCUCUUUCCCCUGAUUGGCUCGGUGCCCUUCUAUGCAACUGACCUGGUGGUACUGUUAGAUAUGUGACGUAGACUGUAAUCACUGCCUUUUAGACACUGUGAAUUUUUUGGUACUCUAUAUUUUUGUAUAUUGUACAUUAUAAAGGAUAAUAAACCUUGAUGC